GACAAGAACGGUCAUUGUGAUCGACUAAACCAAAAGCUCCCCCACACCUGCACUCUCUUCAUACGCGUUAUCACUAUGUCUGACGAUGGCUUCGAUGCGGGGGCGAUGGAGGAUAUGGCGUAUGACGGAACUGGCUAUGGGGAUGACGGCGCAUUCGAUGACGGCUUUGACUUGCUGGGUGACCAAGGAAACGGCGAGCAAGCAGGCGGCGAUGAGGACGGCGGCGUGGCUACCUUCGGAGAUCCUGAGGACGCACAAAUGAACGGCAUCAACGGCGUAACAGAUCACGACACGAAGAUGGGUGGCGUAGAAGAAGCGGAGGAUAGCAGAAAGCCGAACGUUGAUGAGCACGGCGAACGGCAACCCAACAAGGAGCGCGUCACAACACCAUACCUCACAAAGUACGAGCGCGCACGAAUACUGGGCACUCGCGCAUUGCAGAUCAGUAUGAAUGCGCCUGUGCUAGUACCUUUGGACGGGGAGACCGACGCGCUUCAAAUCGCCAUUAAAGAGCUGUCGCAGCGCAAAAUUCCCCUCAUCAUUCGACGCUAUCUGCCUGACGGGAGCUUCGAAGACUGGAGUGUUUCUGAGCUCAUCACGGACUAAUAUACCUUCGCCUCCGCCCCUCAUCGGUUCGCUUCCUCAUUCUUGAUUCCGUCACAUCUUUUGCUUUCGUACUGUAAUGCAAUCCGCUCAAAACGUCACAAUAAACAUUGGAUAACCGAAUCCGUG